CCCGCAGUUGGUGGAUGGACAUCGCGUUCGCUCGACCUCACUCUAGCUGUAGAGGGCGCGCCUGACAAGGGAGUGCUUGCUACCAAAGGUUGCUCUGAGUUUGGGAGCUUGUGCGUCCCUUGGUUGGUGUUCGUUGUGAGUUGUCUCCAAAGACACACUACAUCGCCCAACUGGUACUGUACGGGCGCGUACGUUGAGUGUGGGAGAGUUGAACCCAGCCAACUCGACGAGACCACUUCUACUUUCCACGAAUCAAACAGGACACGGACGGUCGAUGAAGCUUCCCUUGCCGGCUGACUUUUUUCAAUGCCCCGCUCUAUCUCCGCACGACACCAAAUGCCUCACGAACCAGGCGACAGCGAGUGCGAUGGCCGUCGUAGGAACAUAAGUUGAUGGCUGACCAGAUCAAAUUGACGUGGUGUGUGUGUGUGCGAACAGGUCAACAAAACCCAACUUCAAGGCGGGCCCAUUGCGUGGAGCCUUCGUUCCAACGAAGGUGACCUCCAAAUCUUCAAAGGCAUCCACGAGAACUCGAAUGAAGCGAAUGCAUUCGUGUACAUGAGCAUCACCGAAGUCACAGGCACAAUUGAAGAAGUAGUCGAGCUCUUCCAGACUCGCACGACCGCCCAAGCCAAACAGUUUACGACGCGGUUCGGCAAGCAACUCGUCGACGCGAUCAAGUUGUACUCGCUUGUGCCCGCCAGCGCAGACAACCCGAUGGAAAUGGCUGACAUUACCUGGCGCGCGUACAAGAGCCCCAUGUCGUUUUUCGUUGCGAAGCGAGAUGCAUGCUUGCUUGAGGUCAACCAUGCGUUCCAGCUGAAUGCUCGUCGAGGCUGGGUCGUUUCGACCGAGUCGGUAGCCCUGCCAUGCUGCCCCGAUCUCCAAGACCUUGUAGGCCUUGUGCGCAUGCACAACUUUGGCAGCGGCCACGUCUUUCUCGAGUCGGACUGUCGGCCUGGCUGCCUCGAAAUCCGGUAUGUGGCCCACGUGGAUUUUCGAGGCGCAUCGUUCGACUAUGUGAGCGACGCAAUGCUGAAGCGGCGGGCGUGGUUGAGUGACCUGAACAUGACGAAGAGAUGUCGCAACUUGAAAUGCAUCGACCAAUUCCUUCGGGAAGAUCGUCUGAGCCGCGAGUCGGCUGUCCCCGCGCGCCACGUCCCCCACAACCUGAGAGUGCAGUGCCACUUGUGCGAUACACAUUUUGGAUGGACGAACACCAAGACGAACUGCUUCAAGUGUGGAGAAGUCGUAUGCAAGUCGUGUAAUCCAUACUGGAGCGUCACUCGGCACGGCAAAAGGCAAAUGCUGAGGGCGUGUGUAAUUUGCGCCCUAGGCCGGAACGACGGCGGGACUUCACGCCAUGAUUCCAGCGCACGUGACACGACCAAGUCGCUGCAUCUGCUUCCCUUGUGUCGGAGCGACAGCGACGAGAGGUUGCUAUCGUGGAGUGCUCUGGAUGAUUUGCUCGACGGUCGCCCCCCCAACGGACAGACUGACAUGCUUGACCUCGAGAUAAACAGUCCAACGAGCAAACACUAAAUGAACAGAAAAAUCUAGCUAACUAUCAUCACUUUACGCCGUCCAUUACGCGAGCCAAUGUAUUGAAAUACUGAAGAGUGUCGCG